AUGCCACCCACACGGACUUGUGACCAGUGCUACACCAAGAAAAAGAAAUGCCAACGACAAAUCGAUCUCCCCAAGUGUGUCCGAUGUACCCAUCUUGCCUUGAGCUGCUCAACUGCUCGGCACUCGCGUCCGCCGGGGCGACCAGCCCGAGCAAAGGCUCUGGGGCCGGAAGCCGAAAUUCAAGUAUGGGCCUCGCGAGACCGGUCAUCCACGCUGGAGACUGCUUCAUCUCAAACUCCAGGAGACCAGAGUAUCUCUCCGACACUGCAGAGAGCAUCGCCAGGGUCGGCUCCAGAGCAGUACAACAGCGGCGGCUCAGCUCAUCAGGAAGCUCAGCCAGUGAAGCUGCCCGAUGUGCUACAGGACUUUGGGCCUGCCUAUCACCAAGGAAAUGUGGCCCCUGAACCCACGGAUGAGGAAUUCUAUCAAUUGAAUGACAUAUUCAUGAUCGGCCCGACUUUUACGAAAAGCUUUCGCAGAGCGCUCAACUACUCCUACAUGACGGCUCCUCACAUUCUCCGAGACACAUUCUCGGUGAUGAUCAGAUACAUGACCACCACAAAUAAGCCCAAGACUCCCGUGCCGGCUCACGCAGAAAUUGCUGGUGUUGCUGACCUGCUCCGAAAGUCCCAAGCCACGGAAAUCACCAGCAGUAAUGAUGCCUUGGCUUUCCUUGUUCUGGGUCAGAGCCUGGCAGCUUUGGAUACGUUCCUCGUUUCCACUGGAUCGAUGCUCAUUUUGCGCCAUACCCUUUACUUGGCCAGACCGUGGUACGCCGAGCUGGCUCAGAAAGAGUUCUUGGACUCGGUCACGGUCACUCCGAUCUGCUGGGAAAUCUUGGAGUGCCUGCUUAAACGGGAGAUUCCAAUUAUUCGACCCCUCAUUCUUCGGCCCCAGGUCGUUGACCGACUCUUUGGCGCAUGCGUCUCAUUGAUGCCUAUUCUGUAUGAUUUGUGCCAGGUGAGCCAUGACUUGAAGAUCCGGUCGCAAUCACAAAGCCCUGGGCUGCUAGUAGUCGAGCAACAGGUGCUUUCCUGGGAGCCCGAUGAAACCUCGAUAAGCACCUCUGGAUUCAGCGACGCUGAAAUGAUGCUUCUGCGGGCUCAAGCCACCAUAUAUCGUUCUGCUACGCUUCUUUUGAUCCAUCGAAUCAAGUAUCCCCUCGGCUCUCAUGAUGGGGUUGCCGUCUCUUAUGCCAACGACAUCAUGGAGGAGAAGGACAAGAUUCUUCUCGAUGGUGGACCUGACAUCAAACUUCAAUUUGGCUGCUUUGCUUUCUUUCUAGCUCUCCUUGAAAUCCCACUACGACCAGAAGCUCUUUGGAAGAGUCUGACGAAGCUCUCCUAUUGUCCCGCCUGCGCAGAGCAAUUUUUUGCCUUUCACAGAUACUUUUGGCAGCGACGGUGGGAUGGUUAUAAAGGUUCCAUGUUCGAUCUGAUCGAAAGUGGGCCAUCAUUCAUGGCCGUCCCGUGA